AUGACUGAUGAGCUAAAACAGUAUGAAGCAUUAAAGGCUGAACUAAAAAAGUCUCUUCAAGAUAGGAAACAACAGGAAGACGCCUUUGACAGUUUACAACAAGAGAUUUACGAUAAAGAGACAGAGUAUUUUUCACACAACAGUAACAACAAUCAUUCCGGUCAUGGUGGAACUCAGACGUCAAAGGCGCACUACUCCGGUAAUGUCAUCAAGGGGUUUGACACCUUUUCCAAAUCACAUCAUAGCCAUGCAGAUUCAGCAUUUAGUAACAAUGAUCGUAUUUUUUCAUUAAGCAGUGCUUCAUAUGUAAAGCAACAGCAUAAUCAAGCGCAAAGCGAAUAG